AUGCGCCUGUCACCCGUUGCGCUCUUGUUCUCGGGCGCCCUCUUGGGACCUGUCCCGGCCUUAGGCAUACCUGCACGACGAUCGAAGUGUGCACAAGCCGAUCUGACCGUUGAACUUCAGGCCGGCACCGUACACGGAGUCGUCAAGCCAGAGAACCCCGAUGUCCGCCAAUUUCUAGGCAUUCCCUACGGCGUCCCUCCUGUGGGCGAUCUGCGAUUCACGGCCCCCAAGGCCGUCGAGUCGUUCGGGGAGAUUGAGGCUACCACGAUACCACCAAGUUGCAUGCAGUACCUGACGAGCAACGUGAACAUUUGGACCAACGAUGUGCUGGAAUUCAACCAGGGCGGCUUGAACGGCUCCAUGGGGCCAGUUAGCGAGGAUUGCCUCACCGUCAGUGUGUGGGCACCGCGCGGUUACAAGAAGAACCUGCCUGUCCUCAUCUGGAUCUACGGAGGAAGUUUCAAGACCGGUGGCACUAAUAUCCCUUACCACAUGCCGGAGCAAUGGAUUCAGCGCACACAAGACCACAUUGUAGUGGUGUUCAACUACCGGAUCAACUUUUUCGGCUUCCCCAACGCGGCUGGCCUGGACCAGGACAAGCAGAACCUGGGCCUGCUGGACCAGCGAUUGGCCGUGGAGUGGGUGCGAGACAACAUCGCUGCCUUUGGGGGUGACCCAAACCGGAUGGGUCUUUGGGGCGAGAGUGCCGGUGCUAUCUCGGUUGGCUACUAUAGUUACGCAUACCCAGAGGAUCCCAUAGUCGGCAGUCUGAUCAUGCAGUCGGGCAGCGAGCUGCUUGACAUUACUUCACCCGAUUCGCCGCACUCGAACUUCACUUUCAUCGCUUCGCAGUUUGGAUGUGGCAACCUUGGGCCGGCUGAGGAGCUGGCUUGCAUGCGGAAGGUUGAUGGCCAAGCGAUCGAGGACUUCUUACACUCUUACAUCGAUGCAGGUACUACACCCAGCAUCUCUUUCGCGCCUAUAGUCGAUGAAAAGACUGUGUUCUCCGACUUCUAUGGUCGUGCUCUUGACGGAAAGUUGGCAGCGCUGCCAACGAUCAUAGGCUCGAAUACUGAAGACGGAGUCCCUUUCGUACCAUACAACCCUGAUGGACCUGAUCCCACCCAGGCAUCUCAAGCUACACUCCUGUACUUCUUCUGCACCACCUACAAAUCAGCAACGACACGAGUCAAGAUAGGCGCCCCAGUCUUCCGUUACGAGUACGCAGGCAACUUCAGCAAUAUAUCACCCAGGGGAUGGAUGGGCGCUUGGCACGGCUCCGAGAUCCCAAUCGUGUUCGGCACUCACUCCAACUACCGUGGGCCUUCGACGGCUCUCGAGAACCAGACAAGCGUGGCAAUGCAGGAUGCCUGGGUGUCUCUUGUCGCCGGCGGCGCAGUGGGAAUGACGUCGCAGGCAUGGCCGCUGUACAGUCAGUCUGCCGGUGGUCUCCUUCGUGAGUUCGGCAGGGACGUCGCGGCGCAGACAACCACAUAUGGGGAUUGGGAGGCUCAGUGCCCGGAUGCGUAUAAGCCAUAA